UACUUGAAGGCAGCACAUACUAACCCGUGAAAAUUCAUUCAUCAUGAACUGUAUCAGGCAGGCUAGCCGUUAGCUUUACGCGCUAAACAGUGACAUGUGUCUGUCCUAACGUCACGCGUACAGCCGUAUCUAUUUAGCCGUAAUAUCAGCUGAUGAAUAUUUCUAAACUCAACGACACUUUCCUGACUGGUGUACUGGAAACCAACGUUAACGUGUCGUGUUAUGGGAGAUACACGGAGGUCAGACGAGCGGUGGGCUGUCGACUCAACAGUAAAGUAGAAACGUUAGUGUCCCGCUGCCGCGUUGACAGCUGUUUGUUGAUAUUGUAGCAGUGAUCAACCUAAAAGUGAAUCAUGCCUGGGAAACUUAAGGUAAAAAUUGUGGCAGGGCGCCACUUGCCUGUGAUGGACAGAGCCAGUGACCUUACUGAUGCUUUUGUAGAGGUUAAGUUUGGAAACACUACUUUCAAAACUGAUGUCUUUCCCAAAUCCCUCAAUCCACAGUGGAACUCAGAAUGGUUCAAAUUUGAGGUUGAUGAUGAGGACUUGCAGGAUGAGCCAUUGCAGGUCACAGUGUUGGACCACGACACUUACAGUGCUAACGAUGCCAUAGGGAAAGUUUACAUUGACAUUGACCCGCUGCUGUGCAGUGAGGCUGCCUCUGUCAUCUCUGGCUGGUUUCCCAUCUAUGAUACCAUCCAUGGUAUUCGAGGGGAGAUCAAUGUCCUAGUCAAAGUGGAGCUUUUCAAUGAUUUGAACCGCUUCAGACAGUCCUCCUGUGGGGUCAAAUUCUUCUGCACCACAUCCAUUCCACGGUGCUACAGGGCAGCGAUGGUGCACGGGUUUGUGGAGGAACUUGUGGUGAAUGAAGAUCCAGAGUACCAAUGGAUCGACAGAAUAAGAAGUCCUCGGGCCUCCAAUGAGGCCCGUCAGAGGCUCAUCUCUCUCAUGUCUGGAGAGCUGCAGAGGAAAAUAGGGCUUAAGGUACUGGAGAUGGGCGGGAAUGCGGUGGUGGGCUACUUGCAGUGUUUUGACCUGGAGGGAGAGUCGGGCCUGGUGGUCCGGGCCAUAGGUACUGCCUGCACACUGGACAAACUCAGCUCUGGAAGCGCCCCCAACACCAACACACAUAUGCACCCUAACACAGCCCCUGCUUCCAAUGCCUGCAAUUCCCCUUCUAAGGAUGGAAAGGAGCCGGUAUUUGGUGAGGACCUGACCUCGUCCUCCGGCCCGCCAACCCCUUUCAGAGCCCUUCCCACCACCUCCUCCUCUCCUCCCCCCUUCUCUCCCUCCAAGCCAUGCAGCCGCCAGUCCUCAUCAUCAGACACAGACCUCAGUUUGACGCCCAAGACGGUGGAGACAGUGAGAAGCAGGCCUGGGAUCUUCCUCUGCCCCAGCUCCCCCACCCUCUCCACGAACACUUUGUCCCUUGCUGGCUCUGGCUCAGUGGGCUGUGGUCAUGGCUCUGCCCCUAGAGCCACCACCCCGCCCCCUCCCUCCUCCAUCCCCUCAUACACUGUCUUGCUGAGAAAGAGCCUGUCCUUCACUGAUGACCUGCUGCUGGCAGCCUCUGGAAUGGGCAGUGGGGGCAGCGUCGGGAAGGAGGCAGGGCCUCUGAAGACCCUGCUCAGACAGCAGACGCAGACGGCUCUCGAGCAGAGGGGAGCGUCCUCCUCUGGGUUAUUGUUAAACGCCAGGGAGUUCCCCUUCUUCACCUUAACGUCUUUCCCACCUGGUUUUCUGCUUCAUGUCGGUGGAGUGGUCAGCGCCCGCUCUGUCAAACUACUGGACCGUAUACACAACCCUGCCUUGGGUAACACACGCUCAUACAAACUGCUAGACUGGAAUAGUGUCACUGCAGAUGAGCCAGAGACUCGCGACGCCUGGUGGGAGGAGAUUCGCCAGGAGAUCAAAUCUCAUGCCAAAGCUCUUGGUUGCCAUGGUGUUGUGGGGUACAGCGAGAGCACUAGCAUCUGUGAGGAGGUGUGUAUCCUGUCAGCAUCAGGCACAGCAGCCAUCCUGAAUCCUCGGUAUAUGCGUGAAGGCUGCCUAGACAUCGGAAUCACAGACCACAGGUUUGAGGAGCCAUCUCCCCCGAGCUGUGGCUUCUGCCACAUCCCGUAUGAUGAGCUCAACAUGCCCUUUCCGGCCCAGCUCACCUACUGUUACCACUGCAGGCGACAAAAGGUUCCUGAUGUGCUGUUCACAACAAUCAACCUGCCACAAGAAGCAGCUGUCACAGGGAAGGGCUGCCUUAUCCAGGCCAGGCUGUGUCGUCUAAAAAAGAAGGCCCAGGGUGAAGUGAAUGCGACGGCCAUCUCCAACCUGCUGCCUUUCAUGGAGUACGAGCUGCACACUCAGCUGAUGAACAAGCUGAAGCUGCGGAGCAUGAACGCUCUGUUUGGCUUACACAUACAGAUCAGUGUCGGAGAGAACAUGCUCCUGGGUCUGGCUUCUGCUACAGGAGUGUACCUUACAGCCUUGCCGGCACCAGGGGGCAUCCAGAUUGCGGGGAAGACUCCUGGUGACCUGAGCAAUGAGCACCACAUCCUCACCAUCCAGAAAAGGAUUAAUGACACCAUAGCCAAGAACAAAGAGCUCUAUCAAAUAAACCCUCCGAAAUUAUUUGCCCUGGACCCUGAGGUGUUCUGCGGCAUAAACAUGGAGCUGACAGAGGAAGUGGUGGGUUCUCCGAUUCCUGAGCCGAGGCAACGAUCCAGACUUUUCCGCUCCCACUCAGAAAGCUCAGAUGAGCUGUCAGAACUGGACCUCUCCCAUGGCAAGAAGGAUGCCUUUGUCCUGGAGAUUGAUGAUACUGAUGCUGUGGAGGACAUUCACUCCCUCCUCACUGAUGCCCCUACCCCCACAGGUUUCUACAGCUGCAACACUGAGAUCAUGCCUGGGAUUUACAGCUGGACGUCAGGAGUUCAGAUGUUUACAUCUGUGAGGGUCUUUAGGUUGAGUAAUGCCAAUCUUACUAACCAAGGCUUGAACAAGAUCUUCACUGACCUAUGUGAGAAUCUGCUAAAGAGUUUCUACUUCAAGUUGCGCUCUAUGAUCCCCUGCUGUCUGUGUCAGCUCAACUUCGCUGUAGCAGUGCCAGAAGAAGAACUUAUACAGGUUGCUGUGACAGCAGUUGCCAUGACGUUUGACAAAGACCAGGCUCAGGAAAAGCCAGCAGACAAGUCCACCACCAAAGGAGGCAGUGAGACUGAAGAGCAACUGCAGUUUCCCAUGGAGUUAUGUGCAGAUGCGUCAUCCGCCAACACUCAGCCAUCAUCCAAAAUCUCAGGUACAGUCUCUUUACUCACACCAGCUGCAAAACUCUGCCAAAAUCAGCUGGUUAUGGUUCUUUCACCAGGUGUCCCAGAGAGUACCAACGUCUCAUCCAGAGCUGCCUCCGUUGAUUACGGUUCCUUUGCAGACAGAUGCAGCACCUGGCUAGAGCUGCUUAGGCUGAAAGCUCACACCAUAAGACGAGGAUCAGUUAAGACAAGUAGGAGGACACAGUCUCUAGCACACUCUGUCUCAUCUUUGGAGCACUGCAGUCCGCUGCCUGAGGGACGUUCCCGCUCGCUGCGCUCCAACCGCUCAUUCAGGGGCAGUCCAGUCACCGUGGUGAAGAUGACGCCGCUCUCCUUCCUCCCCGGGACACGCAUCAUUAAAUACCUUGGGAUCAUCAACAUGUUUUUUAUCAGAGAGACAACAUCAUUACGGGAGGAAGGUGGUGUCAGUGGCUUCCUCCAUACAUUCAUAGCAGAGGUGUUUGCGAUGGUUCGAGCCCAUGUAGCAGCCCUGGGUGGCAAUGCAGUGGUGUCCUACAGCAUGAAAGAGUGUAUGUUAAUGGAAAAUCCAAACAAGAACCAGGCUCAGUGUCUCAUUAAUGUGAGUGGUGAUGCCGUCAUCUGUGUCAGGGAAACGGACCAGGAGCCCAAUCCCUCAAUGGCAAAUAUCGGACAGACCUGCGCUAGCGGAACAGAUGGGGCUACAUGACAGUGAAACACAGAGCUUCACUUUGUCUGCAGGACACACUAUCUAAGUAAAUAUGCUCGCUAAGUCUAGCCGUCCAAAUUUGAGUCAUUUAUGUCUGCCUUAAAACUCUAUAAAAGAUCCAAAGGUUUGGACAGAGGUAAUAAAGAACAAGUACUCACACACUCAAAAGCACGCAGUCUGGAUUAAUAUGGAAGUACAGGAUGUGUCUCUGUUUUUCUAUGUUUAAAGAGAGCAUUUGUGCUGGAGAUACUAAUGUAGCUCAACGUCAAAGGACCCCUCUGCAUCUAACUUUUGCCUAUGUGUUACAUCCAUCCAUAUUUGGGGUCACCCAGAGCUACAGUAUGUUGGCCAUUCCUUUGUGUGGGCACAAGUGAUGCUUGAGGCAGCUAUGACUAAUUUGUCCAUCCAUAGCUCACAGCUCAGCUCAUUAAAUGGCCAUGUCAAAAGGGACACAGUUGUAUACCAUCAGAUAAUGUAUAAACAGUCAGAUUCUCAUUCAGUGUUAGACUCUGUUUUGAGUAACUUGCAGAUUAAAGGCCCACCUGCUCAUUUCAGAGUGGCCACAUAAUGACUGCAAGUAUUUAAAUUUCAAAAGCUGGUGCUCUUCCUCAAAAUAGAAAAUUCUCACUAGAAUGGAAAUUUUGAAACUACAAUCGAAACAAUCCUGUGAUGCCAUUUUGUUAAAAUGAUCUGUUAGUUGGUGUCCAGUUUUAUGUCUAAAUUAGAUUUUUUUUAAUUUUUUUGUUGAUGGAUAAUCUUCCUAAUUACUGUCACAGUAUUGCUCACAAUCCGUUUCCUACAGAUAAUCAAAUUUCUUCAUAAAGUGUCAAAUAAUGGUGUCAUCUAUAAUAAUAAAAAAAAAAAACAGGCCAGGAUUACUGGCUUACGCAUGUAUUUUUGUAGGGCAAGAAUUUUCCUUUCAGGACAGUGAUUACCCUCUAUUCCAGUGACUAUUUUAUAAAUUAAAACUAAUUUAUUAGAAUUUGUAUUGCUUCAUCUUAAAAUGGUCAAAUCAAAUAUCAAAAUUAUGUGUAUGCCAUUUUAUUUACUGUGAUUGGUAUAAUGUGGCCCUUUGGGGUCUAACACCAGGGAUGUUUCAUAGAUCAGUUCCUCUUGUUGAUGCUUCUUGCUGUCAGUGUCAGAUUUCACAUACCGUUGUCAAGCUUCAUCACUGCUGCUUUGGCACUUGUAUUCUGAAUAUUAAUCUUGCUACUGAUCUGUCCAUCUUGACAUUCAUGUCCAAUGCUGGAAAAAACACUGUAUAAAUUUUCUUUAAAAUCAGAUUUUAGUAUUUUUGUAACAUAAAAUGUAUGGAACCUGCUCAUUUUGCCUGUGCAAUGGAUUCCUGAUAUUUUGACUCACUGUGUCUGAGAAUUAAUGGUACUCUAAUCUGUUUGUGAUUAGUUUAAUAUAUUUGUGUCUAAAACUUGAAUGUACAUAGAUGCUUUUGCUUUCUGACUAGCAGCAUGCAGACCCCGUUUUUAUUGCUAUGAAUCUGUACGCAUGUCUGGUAUGUCUUGCAAAAUAAACUCAGUCAAACCAA